GUCGCUAUUAACUACAACGCCGACCUCCCGGGUUUUAGCGGCGCGUUAUAUCUAUUGAUAAGAUUUGCUUCAAGUUUCAAUAUAUCUACCUCAGAUAAAUCAUUUAACAGGAAUUUAUCUGUAUUUAUUUAAACAAGUAAUUGAUUUGUCGCGUAUAAAUUACAUUUGUGAUUUUCUUUUGCAAAGAAUAUUGAAAAACGCGGAUUUAACAAAAUGACCACCGUGGGAAUCGAACCAGUGAAAGUUGAGCGGGUCAACCCGAUGAAUAUUCCUAGCUACUCGUACCAGUACCCCUCGUUCCAGAAAGUACAGUUGGCGGCGGUGAAAGAUGGGCUGUUUCAUCCGAGAUUACCCUCGUUCCGACGAAUGGAUAUGGAUACCGCCGGUCACAAACUUCCCGACGAGCACUGUCGGACAACAACAUCUUGCGGUCCAGAUGACUUCCAUCGGGCCACAACAACAUUGUUUGAGCCUCCAAAAAGACAGAUGUCAGCAUUAUCAAUAACAGAUACUGGAAAACAAUUACACAGAAGUUACACAACCCCUGAUGAAUUAAAACGUUCUAGAACCGAAUGGUCUAACUUCCUCAACCGAUCACCCGAAAGGUUCAAUAUCCGAAUUCCUGAAUUGCCGUCGGAAAAAGACCAGCGUUUUGUCGGAUAUGCUGUGAGAUAUCUUAGACCAGAAGUGUCCAGGUCAUGGAGGUAUACACUUCAACAAGACCCAUCCUUAGACCAGUACGGACAGAGACCAAUGCCAGCAAAUGUUUUUGCUCGGUACAGAGACACAUACCCACAGUACAGCAGGAACAUUGCUUCCGAGGCCUGGAGAUAAUCGAACAAACAAAACAAUUUUUCAUAAAGUCAUUAUUGUCAAAAAAUAAAUCGAAUCUUGAAAAAAAACUGAGUGUUCUUUGUUAAACUGGACAGAAUCAAUUUUGAUAGGAUAUAUGGAUGUGUAGGUACAAACAUAUUGUCUAUUUUUGUGAUAAUAUAAGAACUGAAUGAUAUGUGGAUAUGCAAACUUACGUACAAGUAAUAAUAUUGAAAAUGAAUUUAUAUUUAUUGUGUGCGAUUAUGGUAUCGGAUAAACAGUAAACCUGUCAGUUCGAGUGAAUGUGAAUACAACGUAUGUAUACAAAGUGUGAAAAAAACAACAUGUUCAAUAUGUAGAUCUAAGCACUAUUUUCUUCAGGCUGCUUUCGGAAAAUAUGUUAGCUCCAAGCAACAAGAAGACCUUUGUGAUUUCUAAAUUUAUCAAGAAUUGCGCUGUGUAUUUUGCCUAUGUAUUUUAUUUCCUUUUCUUUAAUACCUGUUUCGAAAAGAACAGGAAAUUGCAUUUAUGCCAGACAUUUAUCAGAUAAAUAAAUGCUUUAAUCAUUUCGUCUAAUAUAGAUAGAGGGAAAAACUCUAUCCGCAGUUACAUAAUCUUUAACCUUUCUCGGAGAUAAGACGAACAUUUCGAAAGCCUUUUUUCGACUUAAAAGGGAUCACAUUCGACUUAUAAGUGAGCACAUUCAACUUAUAAAGGGGAACAUUAGAUGAUGCCUCUUGUUUUCUGUUUCGCAUAUUUUAUGUUUGUCUUGUUAGGUUUCUUUUUUCGUUAUUUUUGUCGUUAAAGAGGGUACAUUUCCUUACAGUCAGUAUUAAAGUUUGCAGUUCUAUAGCAGACACUUACAACAGUAUUUAGAUAUAAAUGUAGGAGGCUUGAACCACGGUACUAUAUACUAGUACACACUUUUUAAUAGACUUUUUGACUUAUUCGUAUUCCAAAUAUCUACGUAGACGUGUUGUAUUAUUUUCUUAGAAACAAUUCAGACGAUCAUUUGGAAAGUGAACUACACUUAAGCUGCUGCUUGUUUUUAACAAUGAUUCAUUUCGUCGCCAAAUAGUACCAUAAAGUAUUCCAAAAAUGAGGCCCCUUCCUAUCUGUGAUAAAUGCAUUAUAUUUUGUUAUUUUAUUAUAGUUUCUUUGUUGAUUUAUCUAUCCUGUAGUCAACGCUCUUUAUCAGUAUUAAAACAGUUUCUCGUUGUUUUCCACGUUAUAUUGUUGUACAGUAUUAUUUUGUUAGAAAUAUUUUAAGUGCGUGUAUACUUUCUAGUACUUUUUAUACAAAAAGUAUUAUUUCAAUUUUGAGCUCAGUAAAAUUCUUGAAAUAUA